AUGCUGUGGAUGUGGACUCUGCUGGCCACGACAGUGGCAGCAGCUAGUGUGGAUGAACUGGUCGGGACGUGGACGACCAAGUCUCGCAAUGUCUUCACUGGACCAGACUUCUACGAUCCUCUCAAAGAUCGAUUCCUCGAGCCCAAUCUGACGGGCAUUUCGUACUCUUUUUCCGCCGACGGAUACUAUGAAGAGGCCUUGUACCGAGCCCUAGCCAAUCCCACCGACCCGUCAUGUCCGUCCGGGAUGAUGCAGUGGCAGCAUGGCUCUUAUACUCUGCUAACCAAUGGCUCCCUCAUCUUGACCCCGAUCUCAGUGGAUGGACGCCAGUUACUCUCGGAGCCAUGCAGACAGGGCAUCAGCAGUUAUACACGAUACAACAACACCGAGCAUUUCAAGGGAUACUCUGUUCAAGUCGAUCAAUACCACGGCAUUCAACGGCUCGACUUGACCCAGGCCGAUGGAAAGAUCAUGCAGCCAAUGUAUCUCACCUACCGCCCGCCAAAGAUGCUCCCUACCACGACGUUGAAUCCCAUGCCACGAGGGUCUCGCAAGAAGCGCGACAUGUCUGGGUCAGGUUUCCAUCUGGUGAUUAAAGAAGAGCUCAUUAAUCCGGACCGAUGGUGGUGGUUUGGCGUAUUGAUGACAUCUCUGGGAGGAUUGGCGUUUUUCUGCUCGUAG